CACACCCGGACGACCCGCUCUUUUAGAAAGUACUCAAGCUAGAAAACGGGUUAAUCUCUCUUGAAGCUGGCUACUUAGGCUUACCAGCGUCGGCUCGCUCAUUUUAAGCCACGAAGAGAGCAAUAAGGCCAGAGACAGAGAGCUAACGUUAGUCCGAACUCAGAACCGGCAUUCCCCGGCCCCCCUCCCCGCCAGUAACAGGAUCACCACCACCUGGAUGCGAUGAGCGACUCGGUUGUGGACAGCAAGGCGGAGGUCAAACAAGCCACGAAAUAUGUCAAAGAGACCGAAAACGUCGCGGAGAAAUACUCGGCGAUGACUGUCAGCAAGAACAGCAGCGAUGUGAACAUGAACGUCGGGGAGAUGCCCUCCGCAGCGUUCACCGCAGUCCCCACUCUGAAAUCCGUCAAGAAGAUCCAGUUCGCUAACACAGAGGACAAACAAGAAUUCAGCAAGUACCCCACCAAGGCGGGCCGCCGCUCCCUGUCUCGGUCCAUCUCGCAGUCCUCCACAGACAGCUACAGCUCAGCUGCGUCCUACACCGACAGCUCCGAUGAUGAGACCUCCCCCCGGGACAAAGCCCAGGUCAACACUCACGGCAGCAGUGACUUCUGUGUGAAGAACAUCAAGCAGGCCGAAUUUGGCCGCCGUGAAAUUGAAAUUGCAGAACAAGACAUGUCCGCCCUGAUCUCCUUGAGGAAGAGAGCCCAGGGGGAGAAACCGCUGGCUGGGGCGAAGAUAGUGGGCUGCACCCACAUCACUGCUCAGACAGCGGUCCUGAUUGAGACUUUGGUGGCCCUCGGGGCCCAGUGUCGCUGGACCGCCUGUAACAUCUACUCCACUCAGAAUGAGGUGGCUGCUGCUCUUGCUGAAAUGGGGGUACCUGUGUUUGCAUGGAAGGGUGAGUCAGAGGACGACUUCUGGUGGUGCAUCGAUCGCUGUGUCAACACGGAGGGCUGGCAGGCCAAUAUGAUAUUGGACGAUGGUGGAGACUUAACCCACUGGGUGUACAAGAAGUAUCCCAGCGUCUUCAAGAAGGUCCGGGGCAUCGUGGAGGAGAGUGUCACUGGAGUGCACAGAUUGUACCAGUUAUCGAAGGCUGGCAAGCUGUGCGUCCCUGCCAUGAAUGUGAACGACUCCGUCACCAAGCAGAAAUUUGACAACCUUUACUGCUGCCGCGAAUCUAUCUUGGAUGGCUUGAAGAGGACCACAGAUAUAAUGUUUGGAGGCAAACAAGUUGUCGUGUGUGGUUACGGAGAGGUGGGCAAAGGCUGCUGCACUGCUCUAAAGGCCCUCGGAGCCAUUGUGUGCAUCACAGAGAUUGACCCCAUCUGCGCCCUGCAGGCAUGCAUGGACGGCUUCCGCGUGGUCAAGCUGAGCGAGGUCAUCCGCCAGAUGGACGUGGUGAUAACUUGCACUGGCAACAAGAAUGUCGUUACCAGAGAACAGCUCGACCGAAUGAAGAAUGGCUGCAUCGUUUGCAACAUGGGACACUCCAAUACUGAGAUCGAUGUGGCCAGUCUGCGCAGCCCUGAGCUGACCUGGGAGAGGGUGCGCUCUCAGGUUGACCACAUCAUCUGGCCCGACGGAAAGAGGGUUGUUCUGCUUGCAGAGGGUCGCCUCUUAAAUCUGAGCUGCUCCACAGUGCCUACGUUUGUGUUGUCCAUCACUGCUACAACUCAGGCCCUGGCCCUGAUCGAGUUGUUCAAUGCUCCAGAAGGGCGUUACAAACAGGAUGUGUAUCUCCUGCCCAAGAAGAUGGAUGAGUAUGUGGCCAGUUUGCACCUACCAAACUUUGAUGCCCACCUGACAGAACUUUCUGAUGAACAGGCCAAGUACAUGGGCCUCAACAAGAAUGGCCCCUUCAAACCGAAUUAUUACAGGUAUUAACAAGACUGUCUGACUGAUGGUGUUAUCCUCAACACACAGUUGCCCUGGGAUAAACAGAGAUAUCUAUUUUAUUUUCUAAAUUGCUACAAAAUGGAGGAAUUAUUUUACUUAUGCUGAAUGUAACUUAUUAAUAGCACUUCAAACAUGGCGUUCCAUAUGAAACAUAAGAGUAAGACUUGUAGGAAACAUACGAUGUAUAACCAACUAACAUUUUAUAUGUCUUGUCACGUGUUUAAAAGAAAGGCCUGCUUGCAUGCUUUCAAGUGUAUGUACUUGUUUAGUUGCUAAUGCUUCUGUUACUGGAUCACAAACUUGUUGAUUUGUUUGUUUACCCUACGCACAGUGCCAAACGAUGGCCAGAAGAAUGGGACAGUUAUGUUUUGUCUGACAGUGACAUUAAAGAUUUUAUUAGUACAUUCCAUGCGCCAGGGUUUGGGCUAAGCCGAAGCAAACUCUGAAUUACAAUGUACAUGAUUUUAGAAACGUCUGUUGUACAUGCGUUGAAUACUAAUGAAUGGUAUCUGCAUACACGCCCUAAAAGGUAACAUCCAGUCAUGCUCUUCAUUACAAGUACAGUGAUGAAAUAUAGCACUUGUUACAUAAACACUAUGACCCAAUGUUGUUUAUUUUAAGACUUUAUAAUAGCCUGCGAAAGGCUGAGUGCAUUUUACAUUCCAUCCUCAUGCUGUUGGCAUGAAACACUCACCAUACCAAACCAAAAGGGAUGUUUAAUGUGCCAACAACACAUUAAGAUGUUGUAUGUCCAAGAUAACAGGCUAUAUUCUUAAAAAAGGAACUAUUGAAAAUGUUGGGCUGAAGGAGCCAGUGAGACAUUUUCAAACUAUGAAACUAUGACUUCCCUCAUUUAAAACCGAGUUUCCAUUUGCUCACACACAUUCUGGCUGAGAUCUGUCAGACUGAAGAGCAGCGUGGUCGGCUGUCAAGUGUUCUGACUGGAUAAUACCUUUCAGGCCAUGGUAUGAAUGUGCCUUCUAAAUCAUUUACACGUGGAUAUCAGCACUGACCUUAAUUAAAUGAACAUUCCUCUUUUGUAAAACCACAUCUAUUAGUGGUACAUUUAAUGUCUUCCUUCCACUGCUUCUGGUAUUAAUUGUAAUUCUAAUGUAUGAGCUAUGUGUUGAGAAAAGAAUAUUAGACAUAAUGUUUGCCAUAUGAUUGUCGUUGUCUUAAUUUGAUCCAACGGGGUCACCUAAAGUAAUAUUUCAUGUGAUCAAAAUGCAUAGGUGUAUUUUAUGUAUGUAACAGAAUGCAUUAAAUCAGCAAUAAAGCUAGUUCUUUUAACAGA